AUGCCUCGAACAGACAUUGAUGUUAUUAUUGUCGCGAUGGCUGGUGUAAAGUACAUCAAGAAGACCAAGGACGCUGAAGCCGACGCGCCUGUCAAGAAGGCUUCGACACGCGCAGCUGCCAACACAAAGGCAAAGGUCACCGCUAAGACCGAGGCCGAAGCCGAGACCAAGCCCGCCGCAACAGGAAGAGGACGUGGUAGACCAAAGGCCGCCGAUACAAAGGCAGCAAAGUCAGAAGACGAAGCACCCAAGAGGAAACCCGGCCGCCCAAAGAAGACUGAAGAAGCUCCGGCUGCAACAAAAGCAACACUGGCUACAAGAAAGCGCAAGGCCACUGCCACUCCCGAGCCGGCAGUCGCGAAGAAGGCCAAGGUUGCGCCCAAGGGUCCUGUGAUCAACGAGGCUCCCACUCAGCGCCUCGAUGUAUUUGUCUGCGGAGAGGGCUCAUCUGGCGAGCUGGGUCUUGGUACGUCCAAGAAGGCCAUCGAUGUCAAGCGCCCUCGCCUGAAUGCCAACCUGGCUGCCGACUCGGUCGGUGUUGUGCAAAUCGUCGCUGGAGGCAUGCACGCCAUGGCCUUGACCCACGACAACAAGAUCCUCACCUGGGGUGUCAACGACCAGGGCGCUCUUGGAAGAGACACAACAUGGGAAGGCGGCCUUCGUGAUGUUGAGGAUGAGGAAGACGAGGACUCGGACGAUGAAGAUGGCGACUCUGGCAUGAAUCCUAAGGAGAGCACGCCCACUGCCAUCUCAUCAGACAUGUUCCCAGAGGACACCGUUUUCGUACAAGUCGCCGCUGGUGACUCGACAUCAUUCGCUCUUACCGACGACGGCCAGGUUUGGGGUUGGGGUACUUUCAGAAGCAACGAAGGUAUUUUCGGCUUUACCACAGACGUCCUCGUACAGCGUACACCCAUGCUCAUCAAGGGUCUCAAGAAGGUCAAGCACAUCAGCUGUGGUGCCAACCACGUUCUUGCGCUCGAUGCAACCGGUGCUGUUUUUGCCUGGGGCUCGGGUCAACAAAACCAGCUCGGUCGUCGUGUCGUUGAGCGCACCAAGACUCAGGGUCUGGUACCCAGAGAGUUUGGUCUGCCCAAGAAGGCCAUCAAAUACAUUCAAUGCGGCGACUACCACAGUUUCGCAAUCGACAACAAGGAUCGCGUCUGGGCAUGGGGUCUCAACAACUUUGGCGAGACUGGUGUACCCGACAAUGCUGGUGAGGACGAUGCUGUCGUGCUCAAGCCCGAGGUCGUCGAGACACUUUCUGGCAGGCAGGUCAGCUGCAUCAAGGGAGGUGGUCACCACAGUAUUGCCGUUACCGGCGCUGGUGAGUGUCUCGUUUGGGGCCGUCUCGACGGUGGCCAAUGUGGUAUUGCUGCCGCAGACCUACCAGAAGACUCCCUUAUCAAGGACGAGCGUGGCAAUCCCCGUAUUCUCAAAAACCCCACCGUCGUCAGCGGUAUCCAGGGCACAGUCGCCUUCGCAACCGCCGCAUCAGAUCAAUCGUUCGCUAUCACCGAGGAAGGCCAUGCCUACUCAUGGGGCUUCUCCUCCAACUACCAGACUGGUCAAGGCACUGAUGAUGAUAUCAUGGUCGCUACCAAGAUUGACAACACUGCCACUCGUGGCAAGAUGCUCAACUACGCAUCCGGUGGUGGCCAGUUCAGUAUCCUGACUGCUCCUGCCCAGCCCGCAACCAAUGGCAGUGCUUAA